CGCCAGGCUUGAAUAUCGUCGUAUACAGAAGGAUAAACAUUGGAUUCUGAUAAUAUGGGACGAUUGAAAGUUGAAAGAAGUACAGUACAGUAUUACAUAAAUCGGAUGAACUCUUUAUAUUCUAUUAAAAAUCCUGAAGAGAGACAUACUUUCGUGUUGAAUACUUUUCUAUCAUUUCAGAAAGAUACUUGGCAAGUGGCGCUGAGUCCACAAGUUUGUCGUUGUUUAGAACAGUUAUUAAGCUUUGCCAGUGUUGACUCUGUCACUGUUGUCUUAAAAACUUUGUCGAAAAGUUGGGAUGAAGUGAUCAAUAGUAAAUUUGCCUAUCAUCUACUUCAUAAAGCGCUAAUCAAGUGUCUCACGCCAGAGUAUCAUGCUGAUGAGUUGAUUUCCAGUUAUGUGGAAAGUUUUUGUACGCAUAUGAAAGAAAAUUUGUCAACUUAUGUUGAACAACCGCAUACAACGCAUACCUGUCGUAUAUAUCCACAGAUCUUAGCUGGAGUUCUACUAGAAAAGGAUAGUACAUCAAAUACCUAUAAGUCUACUGCUACUCAACAGUUCACUCCUUAUGAUGAGAACUAUGCUCAAACACUUACAGAUUUGUGUGAAGAGUAUUUAUUCACAAAAGCAUUGAAAGGCCAUGUUAAACAUGAAUUCCUCUGCCCUUUCACCCAAGUACUACUGCUUAUCGCAUCUGUUCGUCUGCCUGAGUUACUCAAAAAAAAAUAUAAAAAGCUUAUGAAAUAUACUGGGUUGUAUUCUGCCGAUGCAGGAAAAAAGAGUGUUGCAAAAACAAAAUAUCCCAAUGCUUACAGUCAUCCAGUCGCUGUAUACUUCAGUGAACUUCUAAUAGGAGUUAUGCCUGGAUCACAUUUCGCUGAUUUUCUAAACAAUCGUAUUUUAACUGAAUCGGCAAGCCCAACAGGCGAUGGUGUUGCAAAUUCUGAAUCAUUUGCCAAUCUUUUAAUGUCACAUCCAACUGGUAGUUGUGUAUUGCGCGCUGUUAUUCGACGUUUAGCAAAGUCAGCUGAUAUCAAAAACUUUUUAACUGUUAUCCAAUCAUGUAAAAGUACUGAGUGGGGAUUACGUGGUGCCUUGUCUCAUGGUCAGUAUAAUGUAUUAACUGAACUGGCUGAUUUAUGCAGUAGACAUCCAUCUGACGAAAUUCAACGUAUAUUCUUGCAGAUGUUACCGCCAGUCUUUGGAUUUACCAAAAAGCAUAAUCCAUCCUCAGGUAAAGAAGAUCUAUUCAUUUGUUGCCUUGUUGGAAUGUUACCUGCCAAUGCAUUAAAUGAGCAUAUUCAAAAUCAUUCAGUUAAACAAGAAUUGAAUGAAAAAGACGGUGAGAAUAAUGCCAAAGUGGCUAGUGGCGAAGAAGAAGAAGAGGCUAUGUAUAUCCAGUCACACUGCCUGGAUGUUUAUUUGUUCAGACUUUGUUGAAAUUCACUGAAGCUUCUCCGAUAAGAGUUGUCUCUAGCCUCUUGUCUCUAUCGUCUAAACGUUUGAUUGCCUGGGCACAACAUCCUCAGUUAUCAAGAGUUUUAGAGGCAGUGCUUGCCUCUGUUUCUGUGACUAAGGGACGCAAAGUUGAACUAUUUAAGGCUUUAACGGAUGGUUUUUGCAUUCUAGCAUGUCAUGCUAAUGGAAGUCAUGUUAUCGAGGCAUUGUGGACUGCUACACAUGACUUUGCUCAACCAUUGGUGUACAAAGAAUUGAUGGCAGAACAACUUAUUAGCAAGCAAGCUGGUCACCUUGCUUCACAUAAAUAUGGACAUUUUGUUUACAAAAAAUUAUCAUUAGAAUUGUAUAAAACGAAUAAAAAUCUCUGGCUAAGUCGUAAUUCACCUGAUCGUCUACUUAAAAAACGAGCUAAUUCUGAGAAGCCUCAACAAAUAUCUGGCGCCAAACGUGCACGAGGAGAAUUCAAGUGAAUACGCAUACCAGACAAACUAUUAUUGUGUAUAUAUUCUAAUAAAGUUUAUACCUAAAAAUGU